AAAGAAAGAAGGAAACCGAACCACCGCAAUCACAACACCAUUCCAUUGGCUAGCUUUGGUGGUUGAGAAAAAGAAAGGAAGCGAGAGAGAGAGAGAGAGAGAGAGAGACUUCACCUCUGUCUCUCUAAAUUAUAUCAUAUUUUACUAUUUCUUGAAGCAAAGUCUUUGCUUACAAAAUACAGAUCUCUCUUUCUGUUGCUGUUAUGUUCGGCUUAUAAUUUCUUGUAAGUGGUGCUAAUUCUUAUCAUGCCUUUAGAUCUUCCUUUCUCUUUCUAACCUUCAACUACCGCUCUCUCUCUGGAUCGAUCGGAAAUGGUGGUAUCCGGCUCCAUCACGCCUGGACAGGUUUCGUUUUUGCUUGGAUUUAUCCCAGUUUUUGUUGCCUGGAUAUAUUCAGAGUUCCUAGAGUAUAAGAAAACUUCAUCCCCUCACAAAGUUCAUUCAGAUAAUAAUCUGCUUGACUUGGAGAAGGAGACAAUCAAGGAAGAUGAUCGGGCUGUUUUGCUGGAGGGAGGCCUCCCUAGAUCAGCAUCUGCCAAAUUUCAUAGUUCUGCCAUCAAAAUGAACUUAAUUAGGUUUAUGACUUUGGAUGACUCUUUCUUGCUAGAAAACCGAGCAACUUUGAGAGCAAUGUCUGAGUUUGGGGCAGUCUUGUUGUACUUCUAUAUCUGUGAUCGCACAAAUAUACUGGGAGAAUCUACCAAGAGCUACAAUCGUGACCUUUUUGUUUUCCUAUAUAUUCUUCUCAUCAUAGUCUCAUCAAUGACUUCAUUGAGGAAACAUACUGACAAGUCAGCUUUCACUGGAAAAUCCAUGCUUUACCUUAACCGGCAUCAGACUGAGGAGUGGAAAGGAUGGAUGCAGGUCCUAUUCUUGAUGUACCAUUAUUUUGCCGCAGCAGAGAUAUACAAUGCAAUACGUAUCUUUAUUGCUGCAUAUGUUUGGAUGACUGGAUUUGGCAACUUUUCUUAUUAUUACAUUAGAAAGGAUUUUAGCUUAGCUCGCUUUUCUCAGAUGAUGUGGCGGCUCAAUUUCUUUGUGGCAUUUUGCUGUAUUAUCCUUAACAAUGACUACAUGCUGUAUUAUAUUUGCCCAAUGCACACUCUAUUCACUUUAAUGGUCUAUGGAGCGCUUGGUAUUUUUAACAAGUAUAAUGAGAAUAGCUCAGUGAUGGCUGUGAAGAUUCUUUCAUGCUUUCUUGUGGUUAUCUUGAUUUGGGAAAUCCCUGGAGUUUUUGACUUUCUCUGGAGUCCAUUAACUUUCCUAUUAGGCUAUUCUGAUCCUGCAAAGCCAGACCUUCCUAGGCUGCAUGAGUGGCACUUCAGAUCUGGACUUGAUCGCUAUAUAUGGAUCAUUGGGAUGAUAUAUGCAUAUUUUCACCCCAAUAUUGAGAAGUGGAUGGAGAAAUUGGAGGAAUCUGAAACCAAGAAAAAACUGUCAAUCAAAACAGGCAUAGUAGCUGUUUCAGUAUCUGUUGGUUAUUUGUGGUAUGAAUAUAUAUACAAGCUGGACAAAGUUUCUUACAACAAGUACCACCCCUACACAUCAUGGAUACCCAUAACUGUUUACAUUUGCUUGCGGAAUUGCACUCAGCAGCUCCGGAAUUUCUCUUCGACUCUCUUUGUUUGGCUUGGCAAGAUAACUUUGGAGACCUAUAUUUCACAGUUCCACAUCUGGCUGAGAUCGGACAUUCCCAAUGGACAGCCUAAGUGGCUCCUUUCUUUUAUUCCAGAAUAUCCAUUACUGAAUUUCAUGCUUACAACAGCCAUCUAUGUUCUAGUUUCUCAUCGACUUUUUGAAUUGACCAAUACACUAAAGACAGUUUUCAUACCCACAAAAGACAAUAAGCGGCUGUUUUACAACUCUGUUGCCGGGGCUGCUAUUUCUCUGUGUUUGUACUGUGUUGCCGUCAUUCUCCUUCACAUCCCUCAUUCACCGGCCUGAAAAAUGAAGACCAAAGAGGAGACUACAUAGAAGUUUUCUGUUGGAUGUACAGAGAGACAAGUAGAGUGAAAUAAGGAUACUUGGAAGAUGUUGCUCAGAGUUUCAGCUCAAGACAUUCAACAAAGUUGAAGAAAAAACCCUCCAUUUCCAUCCUGGACUUGGUAUUUGGCUUGGGAAUGGAAGGCAUGACAGGAAGAAGAUUCUUUUUCUAAUUACACAGAUCACCAUAUAUUCUUAUCUGUUUUUUGAUUUUUUAUCCAACGAUGCAAGUUGUAGUUCCUGUGACGUAGAUUUGCUGUUUUGCAACAAACGAGUUGAGAUUCAAUUCUAAUGCAAAUAUUUUUAUGUGUCC